GGUGGUGCAGCCCAGCGAUGGCGUGGACAGCUUUCAGGUUGUUCGCCAUGAGUGUGGCUGUGCUCCUGCUCCUGGGGCUGGGGCUGCUGGUGGCAGAAGGCAGAAGGGAAGACAGGUGUUUCUUCAACCGCACUCAGGAGUAUUGUGUGUGCUACAACCUGUCCGAGGAAACCAUCAGCAGCAUCAUCCAGUGCCUCUCAGCAACUGUGGUGGAGUUUCAGGGAGGAGAUCUGGAGAAAUACAUAGCCUUCCCCAUCAGGAACCUGGACGCCUCCGCCACUGAAACUCUGGGCUCUCUUGUCAUCCAGAAAGUAAUUAUUGGGAAUGUCCUGGUGCCUGAGAUACUCCUCGCCCGUGUGCUGAGGUUCUUCUCCUACACCCAUGUGCAGGAGCUGGCCUUUGAGAGCUGCAUUUUCCAGGGGACAGGCGACUGGAGGGACAUGGAUGGCCAGGACUUGCCCAUACUGUCCCUGAGCUUCCACAACGUGACAUCCUCGCCGCUGACGGGCCGUGAGCCCGCCUUCUCCAGCCUGAGCAGGUGGCUGGGGACCCUGCAGGAGCUGGCUGUCACCGGCUCCCGCGUCACCAGCCUGCCCUGUGCCAUCGGGAAGGUGUUCAGAGCUCUGCGCUCCCUGGGCCUGGCAGAGAACAGCCUCGGGGACGGGAGCCUGGCCCCCGCCUUCUGCCAGGGAGCUUUCCCUCAGCUCCAGGAGCUCAGUCUGCACCACAACAACCUGAGCUCCUACCACAGCGUGUGUGAGGGCGUGGAGCUGCUGCUGGAGCUCCGGCACCUCGAUCUCAGCCACAACCGGCUCAUGGCAGGCACUUCCUCCUCCUGCCAGUGGCCAGCAGCCCUCCGGCAUUUUAACCUGUCCAACGCUGGCUUGGAUGAAGUGCCGACACCGCUGCCUCCCAACCUCGAGGUGUUGGACGUGAGCCACAACCACCUCCGUGCUGUAGACAUCUCCCUCAGCUCCCUGAAGAAGCUCUUCCUGAAUCGAAACCUGCUGCAGGCCGUCCCCUCCAUCAGGAAUUACCCCAAGCUGGACACCCUUCACUUGGACAACAAUUCCAUUUCGGAGCUGCCGAGGGAUGAGUUGAAUCUCCUGGGGCGCCUGCAGGACGUGGCUGUGGCUGACAACCCCUUCAGGUGCUCGUGCCCUGGGGCAGGGGGGCUGCAGGCGCUGGCAGCCACGGGGCACCUGGGGCAGGGCUGGCCCGGGGACUACAGGUGCCAGUCCCCAGCUCAGUACCAGGGCUGGCCGGUGGCUCGGGUGCCGGUGUCGGUGCUGCGCUGUCACCUCGCCGCCGUGGUGGCCCCGCUCUGCGUCGCGCUCGCCCUGCUCGGUGUGGCUGGGGCCGUCUGUCUGCUCAGGACCGGGUCCUGCAGCAGAGCCUGAGGGGCACCGGGACCCUUCCCACUGCCGCUUCCCCCGGGGGCUCCGUGGGAAGGCUCGCA